UUAUGCAGAAGAUGAAUGUAGAGAAUCGGACCGAGGUCACGGAAUUUCUACUUCUAGGAUUUCCAGAUCUUAAUGGGUUCAAAAUACAUGUUUUCCUUCUCAUCCUAAUCCUUUAUAGCAUGACUUUAGUUGGUAAUGCCCUAAUCAUCUCAGUUGUAUCAACAAGUCCCCAACUCUUCUCUCCCAUGUAUUUCUUCCUUGGCAACCUCUCCAUAUCUGAUAUUAUGCUCACUUCCAAUAUUGUUCCUUUAAUGCUGUAUGUUAUCUGGAAGGAAUCUGGCACCAUAUCUUUAGUUUGUUGUAUUUUACAGUUCUAUAUUUAUGCUUGUGCAGGAAGCGCAGAAUGUCUUCUCCUUACAGUAAUGUCGUAUGACAGAUACCUUGCCAUUUGUUGCCCAUUGCGUUAUUCAUCUCUCAUGGACUGUAGACUUCGUCUUCGCCUAGUUACCUGGUCAUGGAUUUUGAGCUGGACUAUACCAGUUAUUUCUGUUGUUAUGAUCUCUCGCUUGCAGUUUUGUGAUUCCAACAUCAUUGACCAUUUCUUCUGUGAUCUUGCACCUCUGCUAAGUAUUGCAUGCUCUGAUAUUGCCUCUGUGGAACUAGAAGCCCUUCUAGCGUCUACCUUUUUGUUCCUUUCUCCAUUUGUUUUUAUCACAGUAACUUACAUCUGUAUUUCACUCUGCAUCCUGAAGAUUCCAACCACUAAUGGUAGACAUAAAGCUUUCCUUACCUGUAGCUCUCACCUGACAGUUGUAUGCAUGUUUUAUGGGACAAUGAUUUCUCUCUACAUGGUUCCAACCACAGGACAUUCUCCAGCGGUUACCAAAUCCCUUUCUCUCCUGUAUGCUGUGGUGACUCCAUUCUUAAAUCCAAUAAUAUAUACUCUAAGAAAUACAGAGAUAAGAACAGCACUGAGAAAAUGGUCUAAACCAUAG